AUGGCUGAAAUGAGAGCCGAUUGCCAACAAAUGAAAGCUGACUCCCAAUUGCUUUACUCUCACUCUCAAUCCAUUGCCAAGAUGGAAACCCAAGUGGGUCAACUAGCUAAUGCUCUUAACCAUCGGGAUGAGGGUAAAUUACCGAGUCAGCCAGUGGCUAACCCACGAGGGAUGCACCAUAUUGACAAUUCGCAAGGUCACGAACAAGCAAAAUUAGUUGUCACCCUCAGAAAUGGGAGAGAUGUAGAGACACGACCGGAGAAGGUCAAAGCGAAGGAGAAAGUGUCUCCACCUGUCGCUGAGAGGUCUAAGGUUGAUAAGAGGUCUAACGAGAAGGAGACCGAUCCAGUGUCCACAGUUGUUCCAAGGUCAUCUGAGACUCCAUCGUAUAUUCCUAAGGCACCUUUCCCAAUUUGCCUAAAUGCACCUUCACCCUUUCGCAAGAAGGGAGUAUCCACUGAUAAUAUCAUGGAGGUGUUCAAGCAAGUUAAGAUGAACAUCCCAUUGCUCGAUGCCAUUGAGCAAAUCCCAUCUUAUGCCAAGUUCCUCAAGGACUUGUGCACUCACAAGCGGAAGGCUCGAGCCAGGUUUUUAGAGCCCAUUCCUAUUCCUCACCAAGUUAGCUCUGUUCUUCAAUCUAACACUGCCCCCAAGCUUGUUGAUCCUAGUGUGCCCACAAUCUCUUGUGUCAUAGGCAAUCACUUUAUUAGUAGGGCACUCUUAGAUUUAGGGGCAAGUGUCAAUCUUUUACCGUACUCUGUGUACGAAGAGUUGGGGCUUGGUGAGUUGAAGCCUACAUCGGUUACUCUACAGUUGGCCGAUCGUUCUGUGAAAGCCCCACGGGGCAUGUUAGAGGAUGUCCUCGUCAAGGUGAAUAAUUUCUACUUUCCUGUUGAUUUCAUUGUCCUUGACACAGAGCCAGUCCACCCCACAGCCCUUAAAUCUCAAACACUUGUCAUCUUGGGUCGUCCUUUUCUAGCCACGGCCAAUGCAUAA